UCGGCGGCGGAGGGUGGGCCGCCGUCACCUGACCGCCCGCCCCCGCCCCCCGCGAGUAAGGGGCGGUGGUAGCGUCUGCUCGGUUACAAAUGGCCCCUCCCGCCCCGCUCGCCCGCUCGCUUGGGCUCGGCGCGGACCCGCCCGGGCGCGCUCCUCCCGCCGGCUCCCGGCGUCCCGCCGCCCAGCCCGGAGCGGGCCAGCGGUCCCCGCCACCCUUGUGGGCGCUGCCGACACCCAGUGCGGAGGCUUGCCGGCGGAGGUCUCUACGGGAGGCUAGACCGCGGUGGCGCGCGGCUCUCCUACCGGCAGGUCUUCCUUUGAUACAGUGGAUGGCGACUCUGCUCUUCUGCCUGAGAGUAGUUCAAAAUGUACCACCCAGGCUCUCUGGGGGAGUCCCCUCUGAACUCCAGCCACACUGCCCUCUACUUGAAGAGAACCAGGUGGUCAGACACUCAGAAGCAACCACAAAAGCUUCCCAGCUUUGCAAGACUUCCUCACUGAGUGAGAGCUCAUCGAAGCUGAGAGCCCCGUGUUCCAGAUGCUGUGCGGUUCCCGGCUACCAGCAGCAGCACCGAAGAGGUGACCACACGACCGCCAGCCUCCCCAGAGACCUCCAGGCACGGUGUGGUGGGGCAGCUGGUGUUGUGAAUCAGGCCGUUGCCAAUCAGAGAACGGCUACUUCACAACACCAGGGUCACACCUCACCACGGGCACCGGCUGCCAUCCAGACUGCACAGCGGCUCGGCUCGGGGACCCAUCCAAGCCCUUCGGAACCCCAGCACGCACGCAGCUGCCGCUCGUCCUGCGUGUGGUGUGGACUCCACUGCACAGAUGCCUGGGGCUGUGUCCCUCCCCCACCCCAGCACAAACAGCUCCACUCGUAA